UUUUUUUUAUUUCUCUCUAGUCAGUACCUCUUACAAAAUCAUAGCUUAACACUUUUUUAAGUUCAAAUAAUAUGGAAUCUUUAAGAAAUUUUAUUCAUCAAAAGAAGAACGAUAAGAAUUUUUGCACAGUAUCAAAAACAAUAUCAAUCAUCAUCAUACUCUACUGCUUAUGGCCUGGAAGAUUUGCGACACGUUUCGAGUACAUAAGCAGUGAUAACAUCUUCGAUAAACUAGUACCUGAAACCACUCGAAAUAUCUCAUUGCAAAAACUGGGGGAGUGCAAUAAUGAAGAAAUCAUCAAAGAAAAUAAACAUAUUGAUAAAAAAGAAAUAGACUGUACGAAAAUUAACAAUCAGAACAUCCUACCUGGGGGUGAAUUCUAUCCGAAGGAUUGCCGGGCGCGGUUUAGUACUGCAAUUAUAGUUCCCUAUCGUCAGAGGCAAUGGCAGCUGAAUAAGUUCCUAGUUUAUAUGCAUAACUUCUUGGAACAACAACAGAUCCACUAUAGGAUAUUCGUAGUGGAGCAACAUGACGAUAAGCCUUUCAAUCGAGCCAAGUUGCUGAACAUCGGGGCCGAAAUCGCCCUCAGCUAUGAGUUCCCAUGUCUUAUUUUUCACGAUGUUGAUAUUCUACCUUCGAAUCUAGGCCAAUUGUAUGCCUGUGCCUCGUCUCCUCGACACAUGUGCUCCAACUUGGACAUCUUCAGGUAUAAUCUCCCCUAUAGGGGUCUGUUCGGCGGAGUUGUGAGCAUACGGUCGGUGCAGUUUCAACAAGUCAACGGCAUGUCGAAUCUAUUCAGUGGCUGGGGUGGUGAGGAUGAUGAUUUCUAUGAACGAAUAACAUCCAGGGAUCUGAAGAUUGUACGAUUUGAUCCGGCCUACAGUGAGUAUAUUAUGAUGGUGCAUAAGAAAGAGAAACCAAGUGAGGAUAGAUUGAAAUAUCUGUAUUCCGGACCACUUCGUUACUAUUCGGAUGGUUUAAAUUCGCUGAAAUAUAAAAGACUCAAAACAAAAACCCAGCAUUUGUACACUCACGUGUUGGUGGAUACGUAGUUUUAAGAACUUAGUUUUUAGUUAUUUAUUCGAAUGAUAUUUUUAUUCGAUUGAGAUUUUGUGGUGUGUGUUCGAAGUAUUAUCAAAAAUAAUGAAAAAAAUAGAUAAGUUUCAUUUAAUUUAUUUAAAAAUAAACCUAAUUACAUUCUAAUAUUUAUGAAUUACUAA